UAUGCCGACCCCCUCAUCUACAACGCCAAGGUCGCUGGCCACAUUGCCAAGCAAGUCUACAUCGCCGAGUCACUAGCCCCGCCCAAGUCCUUCUCGGUAGUCCAGGACGCAUACAAGCACAUGUACCAGCGCGCGCAGGACUCUUCGUACUGGCAGCGAUUGAUUCAGACCGGCGAGUGGAAGAAGUUUGCCAUCUACGCUGUCGAGGCGUAUGGAAUUUUCACGAUUGGCGAGAUGCUUGGGCGACGUUCCCUGGUGGGCUAC